AAUGUGCCCACCGGCGGCCGGAAGUGUGUCCUCGCGCGAUGCAACUGUUUUCGGCCCGAAUGCCGCGGCGGUUGGUCGGAUUUCGUGCAAAGAAAAUCGGUUCUCGCGAAGGGGGUGGAAAUUCGUCGGCGAUUGACAGGGGGUGGGUGGUGGUUCGGAUGAGGAUGGAUAUAGUGAAUGAAUUUGGAAUAAUAAUUAUUAGUGCUUAAAUUUGCAAGAAUAUCUGAAGAAAACAGAUUAUUUUCCUCGAAAAGUAGAUUUUCGAAGAUCAACAACAUUGCAUGUUGAUAUGUUUUGAUAAAACUCUUGUCAAGAAACAUGAAUAUUUUUUGACAAGUUAUAGUGAUUUUCAAUACAUCAAAAACAAACCCAAUCCGGUACAGAAAUCUCUUUGCAAUGAUAACAGGAAAAACUCGAACAAUGAUCGCUUAGUGAAGUGUUAGUCCACUAAAUUUUACAUGAAUACUACUUUGGAAACUUUAUUUUAAAACGACAUGAGGAAUGGUCAGAAUUGUAGCGGAAAGGGGAGAAUGCUGGAUUAAGGGUGAAUGUGGCGAAGAAGAAGUAUCUGCUGGCAGGAGGAACCAAUUCCCUAAGGGCUCGCAUAGAACCAAGCGUGACGAUCGACGCAAACUACUAUAGACUCCACAAGACCUUAAGGUCUGGUCUCCUUUCCCGUAAAGUGCACCGUGUACGAAAUGCUGAUAAGACCGAUGGUUCUCUACGGGCGCGAGACGUGGACAAAGCUCGAGAAGGACUUGCAAUCGCUUGAAGUUCUCGAACGGUGAGUGCUUAGGACAAUCUUUGGUGGCGUACGUGAGAACAAUGUAUGUAGGAGAAGUAUAAACCACGAAAUGGCCCAACUCUAUGGCAAUGUGUGGGAGUUGGGCAAUAAAAUUGGAGAGUAGCAGCUCAGAACCGAGUUCACUGGCAAUGCAUCUGGAGAAAGCUCAUGUCCUAAGGGUUGUCCGAGCAUUAAAUCUCCCUGACUACCAUAGAGUAAUUGUACUGUAAUUGAAUGUUCUGAAUAAAAUCAACUGUCUCACUGCUUGACUUGUCUUCUUUCAAAACGCAAAAUUUUUAAAAACUCCCAACUAAAAUUCCUCACUUACACCUUUCAGCCCCCUUCGCCAUCGCAUCGGUCACGUCAGUCAAGGUGCGCAACCUGACCACGAUGCUCGACCAGCAGCAUCCAGCACCGCCCCACAUCCAGCAUCAUCUCGGCGUGGGACCUACGCUGGACACUUCAAACCAUCACCACCACGAUAUGUUCCUCGGCCAGUUGCAGCAACAUCACCUCGUUCCAGCAGAACCAGAUUGCUACGGCCAGCCAGGUCCGGCUCCUCUGCCGGACGAUCAUCAUUCCAGUGCGGUGCUCGGCUUUGUCUUCCCGUUGGCCACCGAGGACGAAAUCGAACGGCUCGAGAUCAGCGUCAAGCAGAGCGGGAUCAUUCGGGGGCAAUACGUGCAAUACCUUAACGUUACUAAACCGAUCCAUCUGAGCGUGGUGCAGUCUUUCAGUAUGUUUUUCAGCGAUUAUUCGAUGACCAACUACAGCUACUACGGGGUGGAACGGGCAGAGUACCCGAAAACGCCGAAGAAAGCGAUGAAGAAGUACGAGGUUUUUUCCUCCUGCAUGCUGGAAGCGUGGCGAUCGCACGGUAUCAACGGUGUCAUCCUGAUGGAGCAACUCAAAAAGGCCAUUUAUCACAUAAGUCGGAGGCGAUACACUCGGAAUCAAGUGUUGAAAAAGAAACUAAAACAAUUGCAGGGCAAUUGAUGGCACGAUUUUCGUACUUGUUAUUUAUAAGAAUAAAGCAGUAUUUUUACAAA